CUCUCGCUCUGGAAGAUACCCAGAAAGGGAGAGAGGCUUCAGAGGAGGAGGAGAGAGAGAGAGAGAGAGUGGAGGGGGGUGGGGUGUGCUCUAGAGAGAGAGAGAGAGAUGUGAAGCAGCUUCUUCUCUGGAAAUGGAUACUCCAGAGAGGAACCAGAUCGCCCCUCCCAUCUCUAAGUUCGAGGACUCGCCAGUUUUCAAUUAUAUCAACAGUCUCUCCCCCAUAAAGCCAGUGAAGUCCAUACGAAUCACUCAGGCAUUCGGCUCGCUGACUUUUGCAUCUCUUCCAUCCAUUUUCACUUCUCCACAUGUCAGUUCUUCUCACAAGGAAUCGAGAUUUCUGAGAAGCCAUCAAGACUCAGAUCCGUCAAAUAGCGGAACUUCUUGUAAAGAUGAGAAUAAAACUUCAAUAGCUGAACGCGAUGUUUCUGAUGUGGCUCAGUUGGCUGAAAAUGAAAGCGAGCUGCAGGAAAACUUCGAUAUCUUGGUUCCCAUUGGAGAAUCUUCUGUUGAACCGCUUCACGAACACCAAGAAUUUGCGCUUGAACUGCCGCAAUCCUUAAAGUACGACUGUGGCAGUCCAAAUUGCAACCCAACGCCGUGCAGCACCGAUGCAGAGUGUACUGUUUCCAAGUCAGAUGCUCCAUUUGUUGAAAAGAACUCCCAAAUAGGCUUACCUGAUGGUAAAUCACAUCAGGAGGGAAUUUCUCAACAGAAAAACAAUACAGGGUGUGAAUGGGAGACUGUGGCUUCAGAGUCGACGGACCUUUUAAUCUUUAGUUCCCCUAAUGAUGCUGCUGCUUUUAGGGGACUGAUCCAGAGAUCACCAGAUGUAGAGGUGGGAUAUUUCACUUCUAUGGUGUCAAAUUUUGCUCAGAACGAGGUUAACGAUGAACUGAAAAAGCAGCUACUGUAUCAACUCACUUUUGACGAACAGCAUGAAGCAGAGGAGCCUUCUUGUCAGCCUGUAGAUUCCAGCGAGCAGAAAGACACAAAUACUAUCCAGAAUGGUGUCGCAAUAAGCAAUCUGGAUAAUCAUACCGGUACUUAUUUGAGUGUAAAUAUGGAUGAUGAGGUGGGAGCGCUAAUUCCAUUUGUUAAUAAGCCUAUCUCUGAUCUACCUCGUGGUUUGAGAAGGCGCUGUCUUGAUUUUGAGAUGGUGGGAACUCAGCAGAAGAGCUUGGACGGCAGUUCAGGUGGUAAUUCUUCGCCACUACUUAACUCUGAUGAGAAUAAUGUACCAAAAAAUAAGCAAUUGGUCGUCGUCAAACGUGGAGGUGAUUCUUCACGGUGUAUUGUACCUGGAAUCGGCUUGCACUUGAAUGCUUUGACUUCAACUACAAACGACUCCAGAAUCGUUAAACACGAAGGCUUGUUAUCUGAUGUCCAAGCAUUAAACAUGCACAUGUCCACAACCUCGUUGCAGUCUCCCUUGACCAAUCAGGAGUCGCUUCAUAAGUCUUUGACUUCGAGUAAUGCUGAAGACAUGGACAUUGCUGAUCAUGGGCUUCAGGUUGCUGAAGAAGCUUCUCAGGCACCCGCAGAUCUGAACUAUGAAGAGCAUGGCCAGACUAGUCCCCGAAAGAAAAGGAGACGACUGGAGAAUGGCGGAGAAAGUGAGAGCUGCAAGCGCUGCAACUGUAAAAAAUCAAAAUGUUUGAAGCUUUACUGUGAAUGUUUUGCUGCUGGUGUCUACUGCAUCGAGCCAUGUGCAUGUCAAGAUUGCUUCAACAAGCCUAUUCAUGAAGACACUGUUCUUGCAACUAGAAAACAGAUCGAGUCGCGUAACCCGCUUGCAUUUGCUCCAAAAGUUAUUAGGUCUUCUGAAUCUGCUUCUGAAUUUGGGGAUGAUUCUAGCAAAACGCCAGCUUCAGCACGGCAUAAAAGAGGAUGCAAUUGUAAGAAGUCCAGUUGCCUCAAGAAAUACUGCGAAUGCUAUCAGGGUGGUGUUGGAUGCUCCGUCAACUGUCGAUGCGAAGGGUGUAAAAAUGCAUUCGGUACAAAAGAUGGGUCUGCUCUAAGAGGACCAGAUUGCGAAGAAGAAGAAGAAGAAGAGACUGAGAAAUGCGAAAAGAACAAAGCGGAGAAAAUUCCAUGGAAAGCGGAAAAUCAGAAUAGUGAUGAGCUGAAUUUAGCUUCUGGUCUUCCAAGCACACCAUCCAGGUUUCGCAGACCUUUGGUUCAGUUGGCAUUUCCAUCGAAGCUCAAGCAGCCUCGUUCGUCUUUCGUCACCAUUGGAUCCUCUUACGCAUUGCACUCUAGCCAGAAAAUGGGAAAACCGGAUCUUCUACUACCGCCGCCACCGAAAUUCGAGAAACUUCCUCUAACUAACACGGAGGACGAAAUUCCCGAGAUCCUCUGCAGCAGCAGCACGCCAACGGCCAGCAUAAAGAACGCCUCUCCCAACAGCAAGAGGGUCUCUCCCCCACACAGCGACUUCGGGACCUCCCCGAACCUGAGGAGCGGUCGGAGGUUGAUUUUACAAUCUAUCCCAUCCUUUCCUUCUCUCACUCCUCAACACUAGGAGUGAGCCGUGUCAUGAUUUUCUGCUCGAGAAUCGCCUUGGUACUUCCUUGAACUUCGCCUCGUCGAGAGGCUUGUCACUCAAUUGCAAUUUUUAAGUGUCUUUUUCGUUCAGAUGGACCUGCAGUAUAAUAAAAGUUGUAACCUGCUCUUGAGAAUACCAAUGUAUAUUGUAAAAUAGUCAAUUUUCAGCUGAUUC